AUGGUAAAUGACGCAAAAUCUGGCAAAACAAUGGCUUUCCUUCCAAUCUUAUUGUCAUUUAUAAUGGAACAAAAAGAUAGGUAUAGCAAAUUAUUAAAACUAAGAGGGGGACCUUUCGUGGUUAUAUUAUGCAGAACUUCCAAAAGAUGUGAGGAAAUUCAAGAUUUAAUAAACCCGAUUCUUCACAAAUACAAUACAAAAUGUACCUCAGUUACUAAACCUGGAUACAUCAACAUGAGCAAACUUGAAAUUCUUAUAACAAUGCCCACAGCAUUGUUACAUAUGAUCUCCGUUAAAGCAACAGACUAUAAACGAGUUUGUCAUUUCGUACUUGAAGAUGCUGACAUAAUCCUCAAAUCACAUAACAAGCUGAUUGAAAAAUUUCUAAAUUUGACUGAUUAA